UGCAUCCGACUCGAAGAAAAAAUUUCGUGGAGUUCCUGUCGAUGUGGCGCCCAGAAAUCGCCUGGAUUUUCUUCUUCGGCUUCUUCACGCGCGACACAUACGACUUCUUCAAGGGAGUCGCCCUAGGAAUUCUGCAGUACAGGCAGGAGAACCACCUCUGCCGAGAUGACGUGAUGCACGAGUUCUUGCAAGCGAGACUGAACGGCCUCACGUCUGAAGAGAACACGCCCACAAAGUUCUCAGACGAUUCCCUGGUGGCGUACGUGUUCGCCACGUUUGGUUUCGGACUCGGAAUCGUCGCACGUGUGCUGAGCUUCUGCCUGUACGAGCUGUCGCUGCACACUGAAGUGCAGACCCGAGCCAGACAACAGGUGGAUGCCGUCCUCAAAGCGCACGGCGGGCAGCUGAGCUACGAGGCGGUCCAGGAGAUGACCUACCUCGACAUGGUCCUCAGCGAGACGCUGCGGCUGUACCCGGUGGUGGGCGGUGCGUUCGUGGAGGAGUGCACGCAGACACACCGCCUCAGCGGCCCUGGAGGCUCCAGCAUCGUGGUGGAGGCGGGCACCCGCGUCGUGGCGCCGCUCUUCUCGCUCCUGAGGGACCCUCGACACUUCCCGGAGCCGCUGCAGUUCAUCCCGGAGCGCUGGAGCCCGGAGAACAGCGCGGGGCGACACCCGGGCGUCUACAUCCCGUACGGGGAAGGCCAGCGGCGUUGUGUUGCUGAAGAUUUCUCGAAGACUACCAUGAAGUUUGGGCUAGCGUCGCUGCUCGAGCAAUUCGAACUGAGCCCGUGUUCCCGCACACCGAAUCGGCCCGCCGAGCUGCACCCACAGGUUAACCUGUUGACGCCCAGAGAAACACUUUGGGUGCGUGUCUCACAGCGCGCCUGGCUCUCCUGCGACUGACCUGCCAGGCUCCAAGAAGAAGUUUGGGUUGCUGUCACUGCUCAGGGAGUUCGAACUGAGUGGCGCUCACCAUACACCAGACUCUGCUGCCUAAGCUGCACCCACUCUCUCAGUAGCCGACGCUCACAGAGACACGUUGUGGUCUGUGUCUCACAGUGUUCAUGUCUGUUCUGUGACUAACCUUCGAAGCAUCUACUUUGAUUCGGUUGAGACGACCACAGAGGUUUUGCACGUAAUGCUGUGAGGUUAUACGCAUGUCUGCUCCAUAAAACACUAUUAGCAGCAUAUCGUAUGAUCCAGUUCUCCCCUAAGUGUAUGAGGGCGCUUAGUGUAAAUGCCUAACUUAAUA